AUGGUUCCUAGCGCUACCGACUCAGCCUCUUCGACAAAGAGAACACCAUCUCAAUCGAGCAACAGCAGCAAUCAUGCUUCCGGCUCCGUAUCAACUGAAGCGAGCAAACUACCAGCUUACCUUGGCGCACUCUCCAAAUCACAGCUAGUCGCCGCAACACAUCCACAGUCAUCAUGUCUGCAAAUCCUAGCAGGUCCUGGCUCGGGCAAGACGCGCGUGCUCACCUCCAGGGUUGCCUGGCUCGUUCUCGACCCUACCAACCAGCUCAAACCAGAAGACAUUGUCGUUGUUACCUUCACCAACAAAGCAGCCAACGAGAUGAAACAGCGACUCAUCUGCCUCAUCGGCAAGGAACGAGUCGAUAACCUCGUCAUUGGCACCUUCCACUCGGUCUGUGCUAGGUACUUGCGCAAGUACGGCCGCCUCAUCUCUUUGCCGAACAACUUCACCAUCAUCGACUCGGACGACGCCAAGCGAAUGUUCAAAGCUAUUCUCAAAGAGCUCAAGCCCGAACUCGAUAAGGAACAUAUGCAGAUCAAGCCUGAACAAUGCACAUCCGAGAUCUCGAAAGCCAAAGCCAAGGAGAUCGAUCCUGCCAGGUACAAGGAGCUUGCUGAUGCCGAAGCGGCAAAGGGCAAAGCUAGCAAGACUGCUAUUGGCAGACAGUUGACCGGCUCAGCCCCUUUCAAGCAGAUCAUGGCGACAAUAUAUACCAUGUAUCAGUCGCAGCUGGUCGAGGCGAAUGCAUUAGACUUCGAUGAUCUGCUUGUGUACGGAGUCCAGCUCUUCCGGCGCCAGAAUCAGGUCGUGCGCAACAUUCGGCAUGUCCUCGUCGACGAGUUUCAAGAUACCAACAUUACACAGUACGAGCUCAUGCGAUUGGUCGCAGCAUCGUCGCAAGCUGUCAGUAUCGUCGGCGAUCCAGAUCAGAGUAUCUAUGGCUGGCGCAGUGCAGAGAUCGGCAACCUGGAUAAGAUGACCAAAGAGUUCAAAGGUACGCAGCAAGCUCGCUUGGAAGAGAACUACCGCAGUACAGGCGCAAUCCUUGAACUUGCACUCAAAGUCGUUCAGCAAGAUGUUUCGCGUGUGGACAAGGGUCUGUACACUUCGCAUCCUCGAGGGCUGCCCGUUGUGCUCAAAUGCCAUGGAUCAGCACAACUCGAAGCUGCAUACAUCGCUUCCGAGAUCAAGCGCGUCAUUGCUCAUUCGGGCAACAUGCUCAACUACAACGACGUUGUCAUUCUGCUACGAUUCAACUAUCUUUCUCGAGCCAUUGAAGCCGAGCUACAGGCCAGGGGUAUCGAGUCGAGAAUGAUGGGCGGACACAAGUUCUUUGACCGAAUGGAAGUCAAAGAUUUGCUGGCUUACCUAGCUUUAGCAGACAAUCCUGGUUUCACGCCUGCUUUCGUACGUGUGGUGAACGUACCCAAGCGAGGUAUCGGAGAGAAGAGCGUUAAUGACAUGCUCAACAUGGCCAAAACGGAGGGAUGCAAGCCGAUGGAGCUGGUCGAGCGAGUUGUAAGAGGUGGCAAGAACCCAGGGAUCAAACCGGCCAUCAAGAAAGGACUUACAGAAUUCGUCGAUGCUGUUGAAGCCGUUCGGGAGGCAGCAAAGGAAGACACACCCGUUUCGAAGUUAAUCGAGCUGCUGAUUGAGAAGAUCGACUACGAGAACUAUCUAAAAGCGCAAUCCCUGCAGGACCAUGAAGCGAGGUGGGGCAACGUGCAGGAGCUGAUCUCAUUCUCGACUAUCGUUGCGCAAAACGUACCGCAUCCGGACGAAAACGCCCCAAAAGUUCCGAUCGAGGAGAUCCUAUCGCAUACGCUGUCAAAUCAGGAGGGAGCAGCUGAAGUCAAGAGUAAACAAGGAGAGAGUGAUGAUGAUGAUGAUGAGGAGGAGGAGGAGGAGGAGGGGGAGGACGACGACGAUGACUUUGAAGAGGUGGAUAUCAAGCCGGCACCUGCCAAGAAGGAGGCUCGCCGAAGCUCUUCUACGCCUUCAACACAUCCUUUUUUCAACAGGCGGGGUUCGGGCAAGUCUGCGGUGCAAAAGAGCGCACCUGCAAAACGGGAGGUGAUUGAUUUGUGCGACUCAGAUGAGAGUCAGGGGCUCGAACCUCAAGUCAAGACGAGUCCAUGCAAGAAAGCCCGUACAGCCAAAGAGGAGCCAGACUCUCCCAUUGCAGAUCAGUCGGACAACAAGGAAAACGUACAGAAGCCAUCUCUACUCGAAAAGCUCGACCAAGUAUUGGAGGAGCCAGACUCUAUUGCCAAGAACAGCGACAAUGGCUCUAACGACGACAAAGCCGAAGACGACGAACGUAAAACACCCCUCCGCGUCUUCCUCGAAGCCUCGAUCCUAGCCACCGACAUGGACGCCGACAAGGACCCUGAAUCCGAGAAGAAACGUCCCAAAGUCACCCUCUCCACCUGUCACGCAGCCAAAGGCCUCGAAUGGCCCGUCGUCUUCAUCCCUGCCAUCGAAGAAGGCUGUUUCCCUUCCUUCCGAUGCCAAAAACCCGACGAGAUCGCAGAAGAACGUCGACUCCUCUACGUCGCAAUGACUCGAGCCGAAAGCCUGCUCUACCUCACCCACGCCACCGCGCGUAUGAUGGGUGGUGAAACGCAAGACAAGAUUCUUAGCAACUUUGUUGCUAGCGUGGCAUCUAAGCAGAAUGGAGGGAAUUGUGAUGCGAAAAAGGCGAUCAAGUUCUGUGCCACUCGGCCCGAGCUCGAUGCCAAUGCGGUUGGUACGUUGGCGAAGGUUACAGGAAAGCAAUUACCGAGUGAGGAUCAGAUUAAGAAAGCGGUGACGGAAUGGGAAAAGACAGCAGCGAGAGAAGUGAAGGAUGUAGAUCAGAUGAAUUCGGCUCGGAUCACAGGCUUCGGUACGUAUGCGAGCUAUGGUGGUCAAGGAGGAUACACCGCUGUUGGGGUUCAUAGUGGCGCGACGGGGGAAUGGAAUUCGUCGAUGGGUUUUGGGUUGUAUAGCGAUGAUGCUUUGCGGCCUGUCAAUGCGUUUGCUCGUGGCUCAGGUGGUGGGAACCAGCAAAGUACAGAAGAGGUUAAGCGGGUGCUGGGACUUGUUCCUCCGACUUUGGGCAGCUUUUCUUCUGCUGUUGACGAGGAUGCUUCCCCGCCACCUGCUUUUUCAGGGUUUCAGCGAGCUUCUUCCCUCAGCAGCAGCGCAGGUGGUGGUGGAAAGGGCACCACUAGGCCAGGCCAAGGAUUCGGUGCAUCCUCAAACCGCCCCUCAACCCUAGGUGGACGACAGAAACAACCUCUAAUCCCCCCCUCCCGACAACAACCACCAGCUCCACCCUCUUUCACAGACGCAGUACGUCUCCGUGCUCGGCCUGAAGACUCAGUCGCCCUCGCACGCGAAGAUGGAACAGCUCCCCGUCCGCGCGCUGACCUGAAUAGUUUCCAACAAGCUCAUUCGCAAAGUAUCAAUUCGAUCCUUGGGAUUCUGCCCGCCUCAGGCGAGGGUAGUGGUGGGGGGUGGCGAGGUUCACCUAUCGUACUGGACGAGUCUCACUUGACCAAUGACGGCGGGAGGAACGGCAAUAGCAGCAGGGGAGGGAAAAGGAGGUUAGGAAUGAUGAGAAGGUUCUGA